AUGCAGAAAGCAGUUAUCGCAGCGUCCGCGCUGCUCAUCAGCUCCGCUACAGCUACUGUCGAGACCUUAAGCAAUGUUCUCACCAAUGGGACUGUAACUGCUGAGUGGACGUCAAGCCCCAGCACAUAUUUGGACGGUCCGAAGAUCUCUGGCCCUGCAAAUGACACUACUUACGACUGGUGGUAUUUCGACGUAGUGUCUGCAGCAACCAACGCAUCUACGGUCGUUGUUAUCUACAAUGCAGGCCCUGAUGGCUUUAUCAAUACCUAUUACGACGGGCCCCUAUCAGCCUCGCUUACAGGGACGUUUGCUAACGGGACCGCAUACAACUUGGACCUGCCUGCGACCGGUGGCGUUAUUGAUUACGACCAGGACGGCAUCUCAUUAGUAUGGGAAGGUGCCGGCUUCAGCUUCGUCGGCUCUAGUCUUUCCGAGUCAGAAGCAACUUAUGUCAUGACUAUCAACUCGUCUGACAUCGGCGUCCAAGGGACCAUAACCUGGAAGUCGCUCGCCCCCGCUCACUACCCUUGCAGCCUCAAUGAAGAUGGUGCGAGCGAGGUGAUUAUGCCACACAUCGGCUGGGCCAACGCCGUGCCUGACGCAACAGCAACCGUCGAUCUCCUUUUCAGCGACGGCACCUCCCUGAGCUUCGACGAUGGCAUUGGGUACCACGACAAGAACUGGGGCGACCAGGCUUUUGUGGACAGCGCCUCGCAAUGGUACUGGGGACACGCACACCUCGGCCCCUACUCCAUUGUCUGGUAUGACGCCCUCGACCUCGCUGGCCAGGAGUACUUCGCUGGCUACGUUGCCGAGAAUGGCACGGUCAUCAGCGCAAGCUGCGCCACGAACGCAGUUGUAGUCCGCCCAUGGGGUGCAAGUAGUACCUAUCCGCCGACUUUGACAACAGGUAUCAUGCAGGGCCUGGGAAUGCAGUUCGAUCUGGGCAACGGAACUACAUUUGUUGCCAAUGUUACGACCGGUACAAUCAUCAUCGAUAUAACAGGAUACAACCGGGCUCGUGGAACAAUUGAAGGCGGACUUGAUGGCGGAGAGUUAUACACAGGAACGGCAUUGUUCGAGGAGUUCGCUUUGAUUGCAUAA